UGUGUGUGUGUGUAGAGAAGUAGAAGCCACGCCCCCUGUGUGUGUCAAGGUGCUUAUAAGAAGCUUGCGUCCCGCAUCCUGGAAGCAUUCCAUGGACAGAGAGGACGCGUUGUAGUCGGCAUGGCGUUGAUUGACAUGACGAUGGAUCACUUUAACACCAGGCGUAAAGAUGAAUGCGCAACGGACAUCCAAGUGCAGUUCAGCAUCCAGUCUCCGGUGUUGCCCCCUAAGGAGGAAGACGAGCUGGGGAAGUUCUUGGACUUGGAGUUCAUUUUAUCCAACACGCUCGGUUCCGACGUGCUGAGCAGCAGCGCCGACCCCAGCGGCGGCGUGUCUCCGCCGCAGCCGUGCGCCUACGCCUUGCCGGAGUCCCCGGACAGCUGCAGCGGGAGCUCGGGCACCGAGUGCUACCAAGGCGCGGCCCGCUUCACGGAGCGGAGUCUCAUGGCGGAGCUUCUGACGCCCGACGUCAACUUGCCGGAGUGCGCAGACGCCAAGCGGAGAGCCGGGCGGGAGUACACCGAGCUGCGCGCACCGAACCCGGCCUGCCACUACCAGCAGCCGCCGCUGGGAUGCAAAGUGAAAAGAGAGUCCAGCGGUCAGUCUUGCAUGCUGGCCGGCGCAGACUGGAACGUGUACGAGAAGCAGGCAGCUUUCAUGCACAUGGCGCCGAACACCGUGCCCCCCCAGGGACGCACAGAGCCCCACUUCAACCCCCACUACAUGAGCACCCCCGUGUACCACUACGCGCAGCACAACUUCCACGGACAGUACAACAUGCACCCGCACCACCAACCGCAAGGGCUCGUCAUGCUCACGCCGCCCUCCUCGCCGUCCGUGAUGGACUUCUACGCUCCGGACGACGUCAAGCAGAAGCGAGGACGCAGGUCGUGGGCCCGGAAGCGCGCCGCCACGCACAACUGCGAGUUCCCGGGUUGCGGGAAGACGUACACCAAGAGCUCGCACCUCAAAGCGCACAUGAGGACGCACACGGGUGAGAAGCCCUACCAUUGCAACUGGGAUGGCUGCGGGUGGAAGUUCGCCAGGUCGGACGAGCUCACGCGCCACUUCCGCAAGCACACGGGCCACCGGCCUUUCCAGUGCCACCUCUGCGAGAGGGCCUUCUCCCGCUCCGACCACCUGGCGCUGCACAUGAAAAGGCACAUGUAGACUAUUAUGGGAUGUCAAGUACGGUCCUCACUUUGUACAUACCUGUGCAUAUAUUUUUGCUAAAUUAUGUCUUUGAAAUAAGUUAUUGACUGCCUUAACCAGCUGCUGUAGACUUUACAAUUUUCUCUACACUUUUUUUUUUACUUCCAUUUUUCACAAUAAAAGUGCCUAAGCAAUGAAGGUUCAUGUUCCAUUCGCAGGGGGAAAGUAUUUUAUCAUGAAAUAUAUAUAUUUUUAAAACUGCCCCCCACCCCCAACUGCUGUACGAGACACAGAGCUGUACCUCUUUCACUCGACGAGAUUGUAUUUUUUACACAGAAGGGCUGAAAAAUAAAAGUAC